CUAAAUCAGCAUCGUUUGUGAUCUAGCUCUGUGGGGUUCAGAUUCCAGUGCGCUCUGAGUACAUUCCUCUCAGAUUUACAAACAAGACCGAUUCCCACGUAUUUUAACAGUGGUUAAAAAUUAAACUUCCGUGAUUCCCGUGUAACAAAAAAAACUUUCAAAUAGAUUCUGUUGAGUGAAAACAAGACAGAUUGGACACCAUGAAGACCCUGGUGUGUGGAUGCAUCCUAUUCUGCUUGUUCCUGUUACCCACAGCAGAGAGAGAUGAUGCAACAAAAGCAUGUUUGGAGCAAAAGUACAACUCAAAUUCUUGCCACAAGGUGUUCUGUGCCCCAUGGCAGAGGUGCGUGGAUGGGAGGUGCAUCUGUAAACUUCCUUAUCAGUGUCCCCGAAACAGUACCUUACGUGUAUGCACUGAAGGAAAACGGACAUUUCAGAACUACUGCCAACUAAAGAGCGCCGAGUGCUCCAACCCAAUUUACAGGUUUUCUUCAGAGCCUCCAUGCACUGAGACAUUUGAAAUGUCUUUAGUAGCAAGUAAAAAAGACUCAGCUGGAAUUUUGAAAGUAAAAGUACCCACGCUUCAGAAGUCAUUAUUCCUGUGCAGCAAAGGAUGGAGUUUACGGGAAGCAAAUGUGGCCUGUAGACAGCUUGCAUUUACUAAAGGUGCUGAUGCAUCUGCAGAGCAGACCUUCAGCCUACCUGCAGCGGAACAGCAAUCAUCAGACUGCCUGUCUGUGACAUGCAGGGGUCUGGAGACCACACUCGCAGAGUGCCAUCUACAGGAAAGCACAGAGAGUGGAGACCAGCGAGCUGGAGUAGUGUGUUACACCGCGUCUCGACAAUGUAAUAAAGAUGAGUUUAGCUGUGUGAAUGGAAAAUGUAUCCCUUCCUUCAGAUCCUGUGAUGGAGAAAAUGACUGCGGGGAUCUCAGCGAUGAGCUGUGCUGUACAAGUUGCAAUAACAGCUUUCACUGCAAGUCAGAUACGUGCAUUCCAUUAAAAUAUAAGUGCAACAAGGAAGUGGACUGCAUCAGCGUAGAUGAUGAGGCAAAUUGUAAUGACACCAAAACAGAAAUUGAACCAAAGACUAGAUCAGAAAACGAAAAUUCUGAAGAACAAUAUAAUGCACGAAGCAAAGACAUGGAUGAAGAGAGGAAGCUGCUAAGGCAUCUGAUUCCAACACUGAACUGCGGCAUUGCACCUCAAAAGCAUGCUCGUCAAAAGAGAAUCAUCGGAGGAGAAAAGGCAUAUAAGAACCAGUUCCCAUGGCAGGUGGCAAUAAAAGAUGGGUCUAGUUUAAACUGUGGUGGAAUUUAUAUUGGAGGCUGCUGGGUACUGACAGCUGCUCACUGCGUCAGGCCAAAUAAACCAGAAAGAUACCGAAUUAUCAUCGAGCUUCUUGAUCGGCUGUCUUAUGACAACGACAUCGACUCAUUCCCUGUAAAAACUGUGAAGGUUCACGAACUUUACAACCCUAACACAUAUGAAAAUGACAUUGCCUUGCUAGAGGUAAUCAACAUAUACAAGAAACCAGAAUGCAUGCAGGUGGAUAAUAACCUGGUAGCCGCCUGUGUGCCGUGGUCCCCGUUUCAGUUCACAACAGGGGACACCUGUACCGUUUCUGGAUGGGGAAGACAAGAAGGUUUUGCUAAAGUAUUUCACCUAAAGUAUGGUCACGUUAACUUGAUGAAUAACUGUUCUGAAGUUUACAAAGAUCGGUUCCUUGACAAAAUGGAGUGUGCAGGCACGUAUGAUGGUUCCAUUGAUGCCUGCAAAGGGGACUCUGGAGGUCCGUUGGUUUGUGUCGAUGUUAACAAUGUUGCCUAUGCGUGGGGCAUUGUGAGCUGGGGCGAGAACUGUGGAGUUGCCGGUUUCCCUGGUGUGUACACAAAGGUUGCCCAUUACUAUGAAUGGAUAAGCAGACAGGUCGGAAGAACACUCAUUGCCAAACAUAACAUCUGAGCUAUUCUAGCUUCACAGAUUACGUUCAGAGAUAUGUUUGUUCUGUUCUCACAGUGAACACACACACACUAUCCCAAAAAUGUUUUUUUGUGCCAGAUUAGAACUUAAUAAACAUCAGGCAUCACUCAUUUUGUUAGCAUCUAGUUUUGUUGUGCGGUUGUUGUUUUUUUAAUGAAGUUGUGUAUUUGUUCUUCUUUGCAUUUGCCAAAUAUCGGCACGUAAUAUAUAUGACAGCAGACAGGGGCAAAUAAACAUUUACUAACAGCUA